AUGCGACACGGCGCCUACUCGCAAGCGGCGUCGCGUCCCGGAGGAGCGUGGGCCGCCCACCCGACGACGACGGCCCCAGGCGCAGCAGCGACGCCGACGGGCAGCUCGGCGUACCCGCCCUUGGGCGCACAGCCCUCGCACCAGGUCCCGCCCCACAUCCACAGCAGCCACCACGCCCACCACGGUGACCCGGCCGGCGUGUCGAGCGUGAGCACCUUGCUCGACCGCGUCCUCGCCAUGCUCGACGGCUUCGAGGACGACAUGGACUGCCCGCUCUGCCUCGAGGAGAUGGACCUGUCCGACCUCAACUUCCGGCCGUGUCCAUGCGGGUACCAGAUCUGCAGGUUCUGCUACCACCACAUCAAGGAGAACCUGAACAACAAGUGCCCGGCGUGUCGCACGCCCUAUGACGACGCGACGGUCGAGUUCAAGGCGAUCAAGCCCGACGAGAUGAAGCGCCUGCAAGCGGCCAAGAAGCUGCGCGACAAGCGCCGCAAGGACUCGGAGCUCGCCAUGCAGAACAAGGCCAACGUUCGCGUCCGCCAACGCACGCAGGUCCAGAUCACGGGCAUGACGACGCGGCAGGCCAACGAGGAUACGCUCGCCCAGCUCAAGGACAACGAGCACUUUGGCAAGUACGGCAAGAUCAGCCGCCUCUUCAUGUCGAAGCGCUCGCCGACGUCGGGCAGCGCACCCGGCCUGUCGCACCCGGUGUACCAGCCCGUGAGCGUCUACGUGUGCUACCGCACGCCGACCGAGGCGUCGCACUGCAUCGCCGCGACCGACGGGACCCUGUCGCUCGAGGGCAACAAGCUGCGCGCCAUGUGGGGCACGACGCGCUACUGCCCCAACUACCUCAAGGGCAUCCGGUGCCCCGAUUACAACUGCACGUUUGCCCACGAGCCGGGCGAGGAGAUCGAGGGCCCGCUCCCGUCGACCAAGGACGAGAUCUUUACGUACGACUCGGAGACCGUGUCCAAGCCCAAGGCGGCCGCCCCUUCGUCGACCGCCGUCAAAAAGGCGCCCGAGGUGUCGCUCCCGGCGUCGGCGUC